AUCAACUACAAACUAGUUUUUUGUGGAACUAAAAUGCUACUGCUUGUGAUCUGGUUAUUAUGCAGUGCUAGUCCUUUUUUUCUUGAGGCCUAUCCUGUGGUAGACUCUCAAGAGCGCAGUGCUCUACCUGCUCACUUAUCUGAUCCAGCCGAUUAUCCCGAUCUAACGAAUGGCCUCACCGACGCAGAGGUUCAGGAAAGCCUUGAAGAUCUAACCUUAGAUGAUUUAAACUCAUUAAAUAAGCUCCUCGACGAGCACAUCAGUCAAGAUGAAAACGUGGACUCAGACGCGAGUCUAAGAACCCAGAGUAGGCAAGCGAAGGACCUUAAGCAGAAGCAGGACUACCAAUCUUUGGAUGUAGCUCUCGAUGAUGGCUGCCGGGAUGAGGAUGACUUAGAUGAGACCAAGUCAAAUCAGUGUACCAAACGACCCAAUUGCCAGUCCACCAAGCGCUGCCCUAAGAAAACCACUUGCGCGCCUAAAACCACACAAAAAUGCAUUACUAAACCAGCUAACGAUAACUGCAAGUCGAAAUCAGGUGGCUAUAUGGAAGAUGAUCUGAUUUCUGAUACCACAAAGUGUCCAAAGCCAAAAAACAAGAAGUGCAAGAAGCCUAAAGAUGACUUGGAAUGCGACGCAGAUGAUUUUCUGUGUCACGCCAUGAAGCGGGACAGAAAAAAGGAGGAUAAGAACAAUCUUCAAGAAGAUGAAGAUCCCGAUUCGGAGGAAUAUGUGCCGGGGAAAGAGCUAGCUGGAAUAGAGCAGCUGGGCGAGGAGGCCAUACCCGCAUUAAAUGAUCAGGGGGAACCACUCGAUGACGCUUUAAAUUUUGACUUUCCUAAGGCACCCAAACAGGAGGUCAAAUUGGAGCAACCUUCCCAGUUGGAGCAACAGUCUAACUUUGAGCUUGAAAAUCAAGCAAAUUCGGAGCAGAAUCGUCAGUCGAAACUUGUGCGAGAGGCUAAUUUAGUUUUAGAAAAUCGGGCCCAGCUGGACCAAGAACAUCAAUCCAACCUGGAGAAGGAAAAUCAGAUCAAUUUAGAACAACAGCACUCGAAUAUAAAGAAAAGUUGUGAAGCGAAUUUGAGGGACCUGAAAUUAGACAAUCACAAAAAUGUUAUGCAGGAACCUCAAGAACACUUGAGGCACGAAUACAAGGAAGUGGAUAAUAACGAUAAUUUGGAGCAGGAAAAUGUAGUCAAAUUAAAACAGGAAGAUCAGGUAAAUUUUUAUCAAGAUUAUCAGCCAAGCUUUGAGCAGGAGCAACAAGCUAACUUUGAACUUAGAAAUCAGGUCAGUUUGGAGCAGGAAAAUCAGCCAAAUUUUAAGCAGGAACGACAGGCCGCCUUGGAUUUAGUAAAUCAGCCUAAUUUUAAAAAGGAAAAUCAGGCUAACAUGGAGUUGGAUAAUCAGUAUAAUUUUGAGCAAGAGCAAAAGUUAAACUUGGAACAGGAAAAUCAGGAAACCUUGGAUCAUGGAAAUCAAGGAGAACAGCAGGUAUACCGAGACCAGAAAGUAUCGGCAACUAAUAUAGAGAGAGCAAAGCAAGCGGAAUGCGAACCAUUGGCUGAGCAACCGGCUCCCCUUGAUUCCAACGAACGUCAACAGCUCUCCAUGAUUGACCAGCGAAAGAGAAAACAGGCCGAAGCGGAAAAUAAAAUGGAAGAACAAAUGAACAAUGAAGAUGAGAAAAAGCAGACAUUAAUGAAGGAUGAGCCACUUAACGCUGAUCUGGCCCAACAAGAACCUCUCUUUGAUAGCGACAGUUUUAUUGCCAAUAAUGCGCGCGAUCCCCCUCGCUAUUUAAUUCAAAUGCAGAAUGACUGCAUUCAAAGUGAAAACGAUCGUGGCGAACGUAGAUUGCGUGAAGAUAGAAGCCAAAGCGAGGCGUUAAACCUGGAAAAACUCGCGGAAGAGGAAGAGGGCAGUCCCAUGGAGGAUUUAAAUUUGGAAUCAGAAUUCAAGAGGAGCAAGCGAGAGAAUAAAGAAACUGACGAUGCCCCUGAGAAUUCCAAAGAAACAUAUAUAAAGAAGCUGAUGGACUCAUUCCCGCGAGAUCAGGGUGGUCAGAUCAAUGCCAAUGCAGGGCUAAUGGAUUCCAAUCUCGCCCAUUUGCGCAUCAAGCGAAGUUGAGUUAUAUUUUGUUUUGUCACAAUCAAUUUUUAAUUUCUGUCCUUGUAUAUUUUAUAAGCAACCAUAAAUUGAUAAUCCAGAAAUACGAGAACUGCGUGUUUGUUAUUCCCCAUGUUUCUCGCUUUGAUUCAUGUACUAUGUACAUAUAUUUUUGUGCGCCCUGAUAAAAGCAAAAAUUCCAGUUUUACUCUUUUUUAGUAUAUGUCUGGCAAUUUUGUUGACCUUAAGAUUUAAACUGUUUGUAAU